UCCCCCCCAAUCCCCCUCUAUUUAGAACCCCGCCGUGCUCCGUCCCCAGGCAGUCGCUAGUCCACAACUGCGACUAAAAUUAUCAUUUGCGAUCCUUCUGUUCGCGAUUAGGGGGUUCUAGGCAGGCAGUAGCGCUUCUUCGCUUCUUGGACUAGGUUAAUUUGCCUUUUGAUUCUCGGAAAAGGAUUGGCUCUGUAACUUCUAUCUUGGGACUACGGAUAUCAUGAAAAUGGAUAGUGCGCAGCCAGUGAGCGCGGAAUUGAACAAUUCGUUCAAUGACCUUAUGGAUUAUAGUUGCGGGGUGAGUGGGCAGGCUCAGAAUGCUGGCACUGGAACCACCUUGACAGGUUGGAAGGACCUUCCCAUGGAGCUGCUCCUGCGGAUUAUGUCAAUAGUUGGAGAUGACAAGAUGGUCAUCGUAGCCUCUGGUGUAUGCACAGGGUGGCGUGAUGCGUUAGGAUGGGGAGUCUCAAAUCUUUCACUCUCAUGGUGCCAGGACCACAUGAAUGACUUAGUGAUAUUGCUGUCUCGCAAAUUUACGAAGCUGCAAGUUCUAUCUCUACGGCAAAUCAAACCGCAGCUUGAAGACAGUGGAGUGGAGGCUGUGGCAAACUACUGCCAUGAUUUAUGCGAGUUGGAUCUUAGCAGAAGCUUUAGGCUUAGUGACCGGUCCUUGUAUGCUCUGGCACAUGGGUGCCCUCAUCUUACAAGACUCAACAUCAGCGGGUGUUCAAAUUUCAGUGACGCAGCUUUAGUCUACCUCACUAGUCAGUGCAAGAACCUCAAAUGCUUGAAUCUGUGCGGGUGCGUGAGGGCAGCUUCCGACAGAGCACUGCAGGCUAUCGCCUGUAACUGUAGUCAUCUGCAAUCGUUAAACCUGGGUUGGUGUGAUAGUAUCACUGACAAGGGAGUGAUCAGCUUGGCAUCGGGAUGCCCCGAACUAAGGGCUGUGGACUUGUGUGGUUGUGUUCUUAUAACAGAUGAGAGCGUGGUCGCUCUGGCAAACGGGUGCCCUCACCUGCGUUCCCUGGGCCUGUACUACUGCCAGAACAUCACCGACCGCGCCAUGUACUCCCUGGCGGCGAACAGCCGCGUGAGGAGCAAAGCCCGGAGCAGCUGGGGCGCGGUGAAGAGCGGCAGGGACAGGGACGGGCUGGCGAGCCUGAACAUCAGCCAGUGCACGGCGCUGACGCCCCCAGCGGUGCAGGCCGUGUGCGACUCGUUCCCGGCGCUGCACACGUGCCCGGAGCGGCACUCGCUCAUCAUCAGCGGGUGCCUCAGCCUCACCUCCGUCCACUGCGCCUGCGCGCUCCACCCGCACCGCGCCAGGAGGGCCAUCCUCUCCAACCACGCGUACUGAAGGCCGGGAGGGACGCGUCGGACGUGGUCCGGUGCGGUGUUGUGAGAGAGCUUCGAGGAGGAAGCUGUGUACAUAGGCAGCGCCUGAACUAGGCUUGGUGUGGUGCCCUCCGCCGGAUCGAGUCAUGGAGUGCUUGUAUCGUGUGUGCGAAGUGCGAAAUAGGGAGUGGUGUGGGAGUCUUGAAUGCGCCUGUUCGUUGUCGAGUAGCAGCCACAGCUUGGGCUGGAGACGCAACGAAGUGAAUCCUGCUUUGUGGCAAGCAUGGACUGUGUGGUCUUUGUGUCUGCGGUUUAGAUUUUCGCUGUAGUAUAUAGGAUCAUCUUCAUUAGUUUAGUUGAAUGAUCGCUGCACGCUGUAGCAUUGGAUUUCGGACAAAUUUAGCUGCUGAGGCGUGCACUGGCCACUGGAUCGCGCGGGCAGCAUUUCCUGUAAGCUUUGAUCGUUGUAUCUGUUGAGCGUGUGGUGCCUGAACGUUUUGGAGCAAUGAUAUGAGAAAUGCAAUUUUG